AUGAGUGUUGGUGUUGAGUUCUACGGGGGAAAUCAGCCAUUUCAAUCUUUAGAGAAGCUAGAGUUUAUGGGGAUGUCAGAGUGGGAGGAAUGGUUGCCUAGUCCAGGUGGAGGUGAAAGUCCAGAUUUUCCUCGUCUUAAGGAGCUGAAUAUAAACAGAUGUCCGAAGUUGAGAGGAAACUUGCUCACUCAUCUUCCUUCCUUGAAAAAGCUUUCGGUUUCCUACUGUGGGGUUCUACAUGAAAACAGGGCUAGUAAUACCCUGAACACGAAGACCUUACCACGAUCUCUAGAAGAAGUAACAAUAUAUGAAUGCCCGGGUCUCUCAUGGUUACUAGAGUCGACGGAGAUGCUGCCGUCGCUUCAGAUGCUCAGUGUUAAUUUUUUUGGUGGGACAGAGCGGUUGCCGCAAAUGGUGCACAACAGCAAUCGUCUUCAACGUUUGACUCUUUCUUACUGUUCCUCACUCUUGUCGCUCCCUAGAAAUAGUCUGCCCACCACGUUGACGUCACUUGAAAUAGUAGAGUGCAGGAAAUUAGAAUUCCUAUCACGUGAUAUGAUGGCCAAUUUGACUUCCCUUCAGACUUUGUAUCUAUCCGAGAGCUGUGAGUCUCUGAGGGUGUUCCCUUUGGGCAUUUUCCCCAAACUUUCAUCUUUGUCCUUCAUUGGUUGUCAGAAUCUGGAACUCCUUUCUGUUGAAAGAGCAGAUGAAAAUCUCAGCCAUCUCAACAACAUUUAUAUCCAUUGCUGUCCAAAUCUUGUCUCUUUUCGCGACGGAGGAUUGCCCACUCCCAACCUGACUUCCUUUAGAGUCUCUGGAUGCGAGAAUUUGGAGUUGUUGCCUGACCGAAUGCACACCCUAACCGCCCUGCGGACAUUGGAGAUAGAAGAUGUUCCAAAUCUAGUGUCAUUUGCACAAGGGGGUUUGCCUCCCAACCUACAAUCAUUUUGGAUCAUUAACUGUGAGAGACUGAGACCUUCGGUGGAGUGGAGAUUGCAAAGACUUGCCUCACUUCACCGAUUUUGGAUCGGAAGCAACCAGGAUCUGUUAGAGACGUUGCUCGAGGAACAGCUGCUUCCUACCACUCUUCAUACUCUCGAAAUCUCUCAACUUUCAAAUCUGAAAUCUUUGGACGGAAAGGCACUUGAGCACCUCACUUCUCUUAAAGAGCUACAAAUUGGAAGCUGCGAAAGUCUCGAAUUCCUGCCAAAAGAGGGUUUUCCAGCCUCUCUUUCUUAUCUGAGCAUCCGGGAUUGUCCUUCUCUGAAGAAGAGGUAUCGGACAAGAAGGGAAAAGAUUGGAGAAACAUAG